AUUACAGUUCUGAAGUCAAAGAGAGCUCUAAGAGAGUUUCUUCAACUCUGUUUCUUCUCCUUUUGCUUUGGUUGGCUGGCUUUCGUGGCUCCUGGUUCAGUAGCAGUAAACGAAGGGUUUUCAUUUAAGUAUGGUACGUGCAUACGAUGGAGCAAACUGAAGAAUCUGGGCAUGGGUUCAUUUGGAGUCGUGAAUUUGGCGAAGAUAAUAAUCCCCGUUUCCUGCGUAUUAGCUGUUAAACAUUCUUCUCCUUCUUCACGCUCCGCACUUUGCAAGGAAUACCGCAUCCUUCAACACUUUCGAGGUUGCCCAAAUAUUGUUCAGUGCUUUGAUCUGCUGACCACUGAAUCUGAGGAGCCGAGUUACCACUUGCUUCUCGAUUAUGCUCCUGGUGGGAAUCUUCUGAAUUUGAUCAAGAAAUAUGGCGGAAACAUUCUUGUUUAUCCCCCUGAUCAACCCGAUUCGCUUAGUACCCUGAAGAUUGCUGAUUUUGGCUUAGCCAAGGAACCUGCAGAUUCAGAUGAGCCAACGACAAGGCCUCCCGGGCUUGCUUUUCGAGGCACUUCGCGUUACAUGUCACCAGAAUCUGUCAGGGAUAGGAAAAUCACUGCUGCUAUGGACAUAUGGUCGCUAGGAUGCGUUAUUGUUGAGAUGAUGAUCGGGAAUCCACCUUGGGAAUCUGUCAGAACUUAUGAAGACUUGGCGACCAAGAUUGCAUUGACAGACUACAUACCAAAUUUACCCCAAGACAUGUCAGCCUUAGGGAAAAAUUUCUUGAUGAGGUGCUUCGCUAAGGAUCCUCGGGAUCGUUGGACUGCUGCUGGGCGGAAAAAUCAUCCUUAUAUCUAUCGUAAGAGUGCAAAUUUUGCAGCAAGAACUAGUUUUCUUCAAGUUCCUUUGGGAGAAACUUCAAAUCCUUUGGAGAUACAACCCGUUGUCUAG